GGGGUCCACAUCAAAUACAGAAAAAGCAAAAGCCAUGUCAGGGUUUCUAGAUGGGAUCCGGUGUGGAGACUGUGAGUGUAAUGUAGACUGGGCUGAGAGAAGAAACACAAUUGCAUCAAUUGCAGCUGGAGUCCUGUUCUUCACGGGUUGGUGGAUCAUCAUCGAUGCAGCAGUGCUGUUUCCACUUGAAGAACAGUUUCACCAUGCCUACCACACAUGUGGAGUCAUUGCUACUCUAGCUUUUCUCAUGAUAAAUGCUGUAUCAAAUGGCCAGGUUAGAGGAGACAGCUACAGCGAAGGAUGCAUGGGACAGACAGGAGCUCGUAUUUGGCUUUUCAUUGGCUUCAUGCUGGCCUUUGGCUCCCUCAUUGCCUCCAUGUGGAUCCUCUUUGGAGACUUUGUGGUGCACAAAAAGGAUUUUGUUUACCCCGGAAUCGCUAUUUUCUUCCAAAAUGCUUUUAUUUUCUUUGGGGGCUUGGUCUUCAAGUUUGGACGCACUGAGGAUCUGUGGCAGUAGUAAACCCUUCAUGUGUCUGUAAACCAUUUAUAUUCUAUACUGUAUGGGACAUUCUCCUUUAGCCUAUAUCUACUUCACAUAAUUAAUUUCACAAAAAAAACGCUAUUUAUUUAAAAUCCUGGUAUAUGAAGAGAGACGCAACCCUUUUUAAGACCCUUUUGGCUAUUUUGGACCUGCUGAGUUCAAUUGUUCCACAUCUUUGAAUGUGUCUCUGCAAUUGUGUAUCUAUUUUCAUGGCUUUACAUGGUGUUUUCCUUCAUUUGGGAGCCUUGCAACUGGCAACUCUGUAUUAAUGUGUCUGUAACAUGGUCACCAAGACCUGAACUUUGGACCUCAGAUAUGGAGGUACGCACGAUUUAUGGGGUAUUUCCCAGAACCAUGCACAAAUAUAUUUGAAUGUAGUUGCAUUGGAGGUCCUAUGUUUGUACGUAUUUUCUUCAAAUAACCCUAUGCCGGUCAGACAUUUGUAUUGCCAAAUGGUGAUUACAUUCUGAUUUUACCACCGGCACUGACAUAUUGGGAGUGUAGUUAACGUGUAUAUCUAAUGGCCAUGCAGAAUCAUUUGUCUACAAGAUAAAUCACAUAUUUUGACAUUCAUGGGAGAAUUGAGGAGAGAUAUUCUCAUCAGUUUACAAGUCUUGCAAUAAUUCUCCUGCAUUAAAAUAACUUGCUUACUAUAAACAAA